AUGGACUACUGGAGACGAGCGGCGGGAAGAUUUAGGCUGGAAAGAGCCAGAAACGAGAGAAUCCGAGAAACUAUGGGUGUAAAACAAACUAUAGUGGAAGAAGUGAGAGUGAAGCAGCUGAAAUGGUAUGGGCACGUCCAAAGAAUGACACCAAAAAGACUUCCAAAACAGCUAUUGGACUGGGUACCCGCGGGAAAAAAGGGGAGAGGAAGACCGAGGAAAAGUUGGAGGGAAGGCAUCUACGAGGAAAUGCAGGAAAGAGGACUGGAAAAGAACGAAUGGAUUGACCGUGCCGAAUGGAGACUAGGUAUCGCAAGACGUCGGAGCACGUUGUAA